AUGGAAAACUCCACCCCCCCCGCCAUCCCCUCCUUCCACUCCACCCUCCUCUCCCUCCCCUCCUCCCUCCACAACAGCUACUCCCACCGCCUCCCCGCCCUCACCUACCUCUCCCCCCUCCUCCGCCCCUACAUCUACGUCCCCCUCCUCGUCACCGCCUACAUCCUCUACUACCGCUACCUGACCGGGCUCUCCCACAUCCCCGGGCCCUUCUCUGGCACCUUCAGCAACUUCUGGAAAAUCAGCGCAGCAUGGCACGAAGAGAUGCCCAAACGAAACAUCGCCGCGCACCGCAAGUACGGCCCACUUGUCCGCGUGGGUGCGAAUAUGAUUAGCGUCGACGACCCGGCGGCGAUGUCAACUAUCUAUGGGUUUAAGCCGAUUUACUCGAAGACGGCAUUUUACCCUAUUGUCGAGGCGUUGUAUAAAGGCAAGCUUCUCGCGAAUCUGUUUACCACGCGCUCGGAACAGUAUCAUGCACGCCUAAAGCGCGCGUCGGUGACGGCAUACUCGAUGACUGCACUCGCAGAUCUCGAGCCGCACGUGCAGCCCGUGAUCGACCUUUUCCUGAAACGCAUCGAUGAGGUUGGUGCUGGUGGAACCAAGGCCUUCGAUAUUGGGUCUUGGCUGCAGUUUUUCACCUUUGAUGCGCUAGGAGAGAUCAACUUCUCUGAGCAGCUUGGAUUCCUGGAGACGGGCACCGAUGUGGGGAAGAGUAUUGGCACGAUUGAUGGGCUAUUGGCAUAUUUGUCGGUUGUGGGGCAGGCUCCAUGGAUGCAUCGCUUUUUGCUGGGGAAUCCAGUCUUACCGCAUGUAUUGCCGCUGGAGAGCAGUAACGAGGUUCAGAAUUUCGCCAUCAAAAUGAUCAACAAACGCAAAUCCCCCUCCUCAACCACAAAACCCCACCGCGACAUCCUCGCCCGCCUCCUCGAAGUCUCCGAAAAAGACCCGUCCAAACUAACAUUCGAGGAGAUCAUCGCCCUCACAACCACCAACCUCAUCGCCGGCUCCGACUCCACCGCCAUCGGCCUCCGCGCAAUCCUCUACUUCCUCUGCCGCACCCCCCGCGCCUACUCUCGUCUGCAAGCAGAGGUCGACGGCGCCUUCAAUAGCGGUGCUCUCACCACCCCUGUCAAAUACGCUGAUGGUACGAAACUGCCUUACCUCAAUGCUGUGGUCACUGAAGCGCUGCGCGCCCACGCGGCGACGGGGUUUGUGCUGGAGCGCGAGGUGCCGGAGGGGGGCGUGACGAUCGCGGGGCAGUAUAUCCCAGCGGGGACGAUUGUGGGGGUGAAUAGCUGGGUGAUGCAUGCAAAUAAGAGUGUGUAUGGGGAGGAUGCGGAGAGUUUCCGACCAGAGAGGUGGUUGGGUGAGGAGAAUGAGGGGGAGGCUUGGGAGGAGAGGGUGAGGGAGAUGAAGAGAUGUAAUAUGGCUUUCGGAGCCGGACCUCGCGUUUGCAUUGGCCGCAACAUCUCCAUGAUGGAGAUCAUCAAGUUCAUCCCUGCGCUUGUUCGCAUGUACGACUUCCGGCUUGCCGACCCCGAGAAAGAGUGGAAGGUGCUGGGCCACUGGUUUACAAAGCAGAGCGGAAUGGAUAUGAUUUUUGUGAAGAGGGUGCAUGCUUAA